UUGAAAAUGUAAAGCGGUCCUCAGUACCAAGGAUACAGAAGCGCAAACGGGGGUCAGAUGAAUGUGAUACUGAUGAAAUCCCAGCUGAACAAAGGGCAGCUGUUCAGGACACAUAUGGCUGCAUAAUGUGGGAUAUGAAAUUUAUGCCAGUGAGCGAGACACUGGAAAGCCAACAAGAGAAAAAAGACCAAAUGAAGGUGCUCAGUGAAAAGACAACUUUCAGUCCAGAGGAGGUAAAACCUCUUAUGAAGUGCACCUUCUUCUCCCAGCGUAAAGCAAUAAACAGUGGAGCAGAUCUGCAGUCGCUCAUCAAGGAGUGGCCUUUUUUGUUUAAGGAGAUUGGCAUGAUAGUUCACUUUCAUGACCUUACUGGUGUAUCACUAAAAGAGACAUUCUUCAGAAAUGUCGAGAAAAAAGGAAAACGGGUUCUGGAAUUCAUGAGAGGCAUUGGUGCAGACAGGAGCAAACAAGUUUUGCAAGCUGUAACAAAGCUGAAAAUUCAGAGAGGACAGUUAGAGGGCUGCUCAGAAGAUGUGAAGGAUCUGGUGCUCCUCCUGCUCUCCUACUUUAAUGAAAAAGAGGAGGACUUGUUCUACUAUGUUGAAGAAACUUGUAUGACAAAAGAAGUACAAGUGGAAAGCUUUCCUGUGACACCAUGUAUCAUUGUUUGUGGAACAUCAUGCUAUGCUGCAAAGCUAUUCAUGCUGAGUGUAGACCAAAAAAUUGUGAAUGACGACAUCUCCGACUUCAUCGCUGCAGUCUGCAUGAUGUUUGCAAGCUAUUACUGCCUCAAUAUCCACUAUCCUGUGGGUCUUGGCUCCACACUUGAGUUCAUUCAGAGGUGUUUCUUCAACAUCAAUCCUGAGAAGGGCACAAAAGUGGAAACUAAGAAGAACAAGAAGCAACUAUCAGUGAAUCCAAGAGUCCUCAGCCUCAUCACGGAUCUCUCUGAUCAUGAGUGGAGAGAGACAUGUUAAAUAUGGACGUUCAGUUAACAUCCAGUUGAAGUGUUAAGAUAACACUUAAACAGCACCACCUGUAUGGAACAGUACCCACUUUACUUUACUUUAACUGUUAACCACUAACAGAAAAAGUAUUCUUUAAGUUUUUUUUUUUUUGUUAAUGUUUUAAUAAGCAUUGGUUUUGGUUCAGUUAAAUUGGUAAACUGGCUUAUUCCACCAUUUUGGUAAAAGUUACCAAUGUCUAAUGAUAACUUAAGAAAAAUGUAACGGAUUUUUUGGGACAGUUUUGUUAAAGGCUGCAUUUGUUCAGAUUACUGCAGUUCUAGUCUUUACUAAAGAUUCUAAAGAUGUUACACAACAAUUGUAUGAAACUCCCUGCAUAGUGUUAUAUGCUGAGUUUUGAUUUUUUUCUCUCAAAAUAGUCUGAGACUAGCAGGGAGUUCAGAAUGUUUGCUUGUCUACAUGCAGAGGUUAAUAAAGCCAUUGCAAAUAAUUUCUGGACACCUUUUUUUCAAUGAUUUUUGUGACCCUUCAGAUUAGGUUAACGGCUGGUACUCUACUUAAAAGUAAGUAAAUUUAACAAUUUCAAAUAAUUUCUGUUAAAUUAAAAUGCAUUUACAUUUGCUUUUACUUGCCACAUUUCAGACAUUGCAUUUAAACUUGUGAGUGGCUGAUGACUUGGAAGAAACAACUUCUGGACUUUUGUGACAUCAAAGAGUGAGGCUGUAUGCGACAGGGACCUCAUCAAUCUCUUUUUCUUCUGGAAAAUUCACGGGAUUGGCAAGUCUCUGAGCUUUAAAAGAUGAAGAAAAUGGCAGUCAAUGCAGUACUACAUUUCCAGUUUCUCGAACUGAUUUAGUGCCAUGUCUUCAGUCAAGUGUGGACUUAGUAUUAUUGUUCAAACAGAGCAAGUGGCCCUGGUUUACUUUUAUAUAUGGACACAUUUUAUUUCCAAGAUCAACAUUGUGAGUACACUGCAAGUUAUUGAAUCAGCUCAAACUGUUUUAACACAGUGUCAGUAUGCAAAAACGUUUUUUUUAAUCUGUUAAUGAUAAUUUGUAUGUUGAUUGACUGCAUUUAUUACCUCAUUUAGUAAUUUACAAUAACCUGACUGACUGUUGUAAAAUCUAUGGCAACCACUUGUAAUGCCUUUUGUGUUAUACCGUAUUUUUUGCGAUGAAAUUCUGGCAACCACAGCUGCCGGUA